GAAUCUCUCCGACGUCAAAGGCCCUGCAGAUGUCACCAGGAAAGUGGUGAUCCAGGCAGGACAAGGUUGUCCCUACAGAACAUAGAAAUGGAAGCGAACGACCAUUUUAACUUUACUGGCCUUCCCCCUGCACCAGCUGCCUCAGGACUGAAACCCUCUCCUUCAUCAGGGGAGGGCCUCUACACUAACGGGUCUCCCAUGAACUUCCCCCAGCAAGGGAAAAGUUUGAAUGGGGAUGUGAAUGUUAAUGGCUUAUCUACUGUAUCUCACACUACUACUUCAGGGAUUUUGAACUCUGCUCCCCACUCCUCCAGCACCUCACACCUCCAGCACCCUAACGUGGCCUACGACUGUCUUUGGAACUACUCACAGUACCCACCUGCCAAUCCCAGCAACAACCUCAAGGACCCACCCCUUCUUUCUCAGUUCCCUGGGGGACAAUACCCACUCAACGGUAUCCUUGGGGGCAGCCGACAACCUUCAUCCCCAAGUCACAACACUAAUCUUCGAGCUGGGAGCCAAGAGUUCUGGGCCAAUGGUACCCAGAGUCCCAUGGGGCUUAACUUCGAUUCACAGGAGCUAUAUGAUUCCUUUCCUGACCAGAAUUUUGAGGUGAUGCCCAAUGGACCUCCAAGUUUUUUCACCUCCCCACAGACUUCUCCAAUGUUGGGAUCUAGUAUCCAGACCUUUGCACCUUCCCAGGAUGUAGGCAAUGGGAUCCAUUCUGAUGAGGCAGCAGAAAAGGAGCUGACUUCAGUUGUGGAGGAAAAUGGCACUGGCUUGGUAGGCAGCCUGGAACUGGAGGAAGAACAGCCAGAAUUAAAGAUGUGUGGCUACAAUGGUUCUGUCUCCUCUGUGGAGUCUUUACACCAAGAAGUCUCUGUCCUGGUUCCUGAUCCCACUGUGAGCUGUUUAGAUGAUCCUUCGCAUCUUCCUGAGCAACUGGAAGACACUCCAAUCCUCAGUGAAGAUUCUUUGGAGCCCUUUGACUCGCUGGCACCAGAGCCAGUGAGUGGAGGACUUUAUGGGAUAGAUGACACAGCAUUGAUGGGUGCAGAAGACAAGCUGCCUCUGGAGGACAGCCCUGUGAUCUCUGCUCUCGACUGCCCUUCUCUCAAUAACGCUGCUGCCUUCAGUCUCCUCGCAGAUGACAGCCAAACGGCAGCCUCUCUCUUUGUCAGCCCCACCUCUCCACCUGUCUUAGGGGAGUCUGUUCUGCAAGAUAACAGCUUUGACCUGAAUAAUGGCAGUGACUCUGAACAGGAAGAAAUGGGGCCUGAGUCUUCAGACUUCCCACAUCCCCUGACUGAGCCAGCCCCUGACCAGCCACCUACUGUUGAGCUACAUCCAGCAGCCUCCCCAGCAGCCUCCUUGACAGCAUCUCCAGCAGCCUCUCCGGCAGCCUCCUCCCUUGUCCCUCCUACGAUCUUCCCAGCAGUGUCUCCAGCUCCUUCCCCUGCUCUCCCAGCAGCCUCUUUGACAGCUCCAGUGACCUCUCCUCAAGCUUGCCGUGCUCCUUCUCCAGCACCCGCCUUCCAGACAGUUUCCCAAGCAAGUGAAGACAGCACCAGCAUUCCAGAAGCUUCUGCUGGUUUAGAAGAGACCACUGGAGAAGCUGUCACAGUUUCUGGUAGUGGUGAUGUACUUAAGAGACGCAUCGCUACCCCAGAAGAAGUUCGUCUUCCCCUCCAACAUGGCUUUGUAAUAGGCAUGUGCUGCCAUAGAUGCCAAGCAUGUUUUUCUACCUCACCUCUUUCCUGUUUUCUUCCUGCCUUCAUAGAACCACUGAAUGAGGAGGAUAAAGCAAAGAUGAGUAAAAGCAAAAAGAAGAUGAGGCAGAAGGUACAGCGGGGAGAGAGUCAGACUGCUGUCCAAGGGCAGGCCAGAAACAAGAGGAAACAAGAUACCAAGAACUUAAGGCAGAAGGAAACUAAGAAGAAACUCAAGGCUGAGAAAGAAAAGAUGAAGACAAAGCAGGAAAGACUGAAGGACAAAGUAAAGAGGGAAAAGAAAGAAAAGGUGAAAGUGAAGGUAAAGGAAGAGGUGGCCAAAGCCAAACCAGUCUGUAAAGCAGAGAAGACUCUUGCCACACAGAGGCGUCUGGAGGAACGGCAGAGGCAACAGGUUAUCUUGGAGGAGAUGAAGAAGCCCACGGAGGAUAUGUGUCUGGCUGAUCAUCAGCCCCUGCCUGACUUCACGCGCAUCCCUGGUUUGACAUUGUCCAGUAGGGCUUUCUCAGACUGCUUGACCAUCAUGGAGUUCCUGCACAGUUUUGGCAAAGUGUUAGGCUUUGACCUUACCAAAGAUGUCCCUAGUCUGGGAGUCCUGCAGGAAGGUCUCUUGUGUCAAGGGGACAGCCUGGGUAAAGUGCAAGACCUUCUGGUGCGGCUGCUGAAGGCUGCACUCCACGACCCUGGUCUGCCCUCCCACUGUCAGUCCCUAAAGAUCCUGGGGGAGAAGGUGUCCGAGAUUCCACUGACCAGAGACAAUGUGUCUGAGAUACUCCGCUGCUUCCUCAUGGCAUAUAGAGUGGAGCCAGCCUUCUGUGACAGUCUGCGCACCCAGCCUUUUCAGGCCCAGCCACCCCAACAGAAGGCUGCUGUCCUAGCCUUUCUUGUACAUGAGCUCAAUGGCUCCACCAUCAUCAUCAAUGAGAUUGACAAGACGCUGGAGAAUAUGUCUAGCUACAGGAAAAACAAAUGGAUUGUUGAAGGCCGACUCCGGAGACUGAAAACUGCUCUGGCCAAACGAACUGGGCGGCCUGAGGUUAUGAUGGAAUGGCCAGAAGAAGGCCUGGGACGAAGGCGCAGUUCUCGGAUCAUGGAAGAAACCAGUGGCAUAGAAGAGGAGGAAGAGGAGGAAACUAUAGUCCAUGGCCGCAGAGCUCGAAGAGAUGGAGAGAUUGACAUUGCGGCAUCCAGCAUUCCAGAGUUAGAGCGCCAGAUAGAAAAACUCAGUAAGCGUCAGCUCUUCUUUAGAAAAAAGCUGCUUCACUCAUCCCAGAUGCUUCGAGCAGUCUCUUUGGGUCAGGACCGCUACAGACGCCACUACUGGGUAUUGCCCUGUCUGGCUGGUAUCUUUGUAGAAGGAUCAGAGGAGAACAUGGUUACUGAAGAUGGAAUAAAGCAGGAAGCUGAGUACUUGACGGAAGCAGUCACUUCGCCACCCUGUUCUGCCCCAGUCUCUGUAAAGAGAGAGUUAACUGGCUCCAACCCCUCUGCUUCUCCUGCCCGUGCCCGAGGCCGACCUCGAAAGUCUAAGCCGGGGUCUAUGCAGCCUAGGCACCCUAAGUCCGCUAUUGGAGAACAUGAUUCAGAACAAUCCCAGACUCAAGUUCAGCCAGAAUCUCAGCCCCAUCCUCAGUCCCAGCCCCCACCAAAUAAUGGGUUCCUAGAGCCAGAAGGCUCCCCUCUGUCUCUGGGUCAGAGCCAGCAUGACCUUAGCCAGUCUGCCUUCCUGUCUUGGCUGAGCCAGACUCAGAGCCACAGUUCCCUAUUGAGCAGCUCAGUCCUCACGCCUGAUAGCAGCCCAGGGAAAUUAGACCCAGGUCCAUCCCAGUCCUUGGAAGAACCUGACCCUGAGGAGGCAGAAUCCUGCCCAGCUCCUCAAGGACCCUGGUUUAACUUCUCAGCCCAGAUACCCUGUGAUGCUGCCCCUACACCACCCCCUGCACUUUCUGAGGACCAGCCUACUCCCUCCCUCCAUCUGCCUGCCGCCUCUAAGCCAAUGAUUACUUCCGGUGCUGCCAAUCCUUGUUCUCCAGGGCAGUUCUCUUCCACCCACUUGCCUGGAAGGGGCUCUAAGAGGCCAUCAGGAGACUCUGAAGAAAUUCCACAGAGUCCCACAGGGCUGGGACAACCAAAACGAAGAGGGAGACCUCCUAGCAAGUUCUUCAAGCAAGUGGAGCAGCGUUACUUAAGCCAGCUGACAGCCCAGCCUAUCCCCCCUGAGAUGUGCUCUGGCUGGUGGUGGAUCCGAGAUCCUGAGACACUGGACAUCAUGCUGAAGGCACUACAUCCCCGAGGCAUCAGGGAGAAGGCGCUACACAAACAUCUUAGCAAGCACAAGGACUUCUUGCAGGAAGUUUGCUUACAGCCCUUAACUGAUCCCAUCUUUGAACCUUGUCAGCUGCCUGCCUUGGAAGAAGGAAUUAUGAGCUGGUCCGCCAAAGAGAAGACUUAUGAGACAGACCUGACUGUGCUUCAGUGGGUAGAGGAGCUAGAGCAGCGUGUUGUCCUGUCUGAUCUGCAGAUUCGGGGCUGGACAUGCCCUAGCCCAGAUUCUAUCCGAGAAGACUUGGCCUAUUGUGAGCAUCUCCCUGACUGUCAGGAGGACAUCCCCUGGAGAGGACGGGGCAGGGAAGGGGCAGUACCUCAGCGGCAAAACACCAACCCUCUGGACCUUGCUGUGAUGCGGCUGGCUGCUCUGGAACAGAAUGUAGAGCGGCGUUAUUUGCGGGAGCCCCUCUGGGCAGCCCAUGAGGUGGUAGUGGAGAAGGCCCUGCUGAGCACACCCAAUGGCGCCCCAGAUGGCACCACUACUGAGAUAUCAUAUGAGAUUACCCCUCGUGUUCGUGUCUGGCGGCAGACACUUGAGAGAUGCCGUAGUGCAGCCCAGGUGUGCUUGUGCAUGGGCCAGCUGGAACGCUCCAUUGCAUGGGAGAAAUCUGUCAACAAAGUGACCUGCCUAGUCUGCCGGAAGGGUGACAAUGAUGAGUUCCUCCUGCUUUGUGAUGGAUGUGACCGUGGCUGCCACAUUUAUUGUCAUCGGCCCAAGAUGGAGGCUGUCCCAGAAGGAGACUGGUUCUGUACUGUCUGUUUGGCACAGCAGGUACAGGAAGAAUUCUCUCAGAGGCCUGGUUUUCCAAAACGAGGCCAGAAGCGGAAAAGUAGUUUCCCACUGAACUUACCGGAGGGUGACAGUCGCCGACGCCGAAUGCUAUCAAGAAGCCGAGAAAGCCCAGCAAUGUCUCGGUGCCCAGAAGAUGGACUGUCUCCCUCCAAGAGACGGAGGCUUUCGAUGAGAAGCCACCACAGUGAUCUCACAUUUUGCGAGAUCAUCCUGAUGGAGAUGGAGUCCCAUGACGCAGCCUGGCCUUUCCUGGAGCCUGUGAACCCUCGGUUGGUGAGUGGGUACCGGCGCAUCAUCAAGAACCCUAUGGAUUUUUCCACUAUGCGAGAACGGCUGCUCCGAGGAGGGUAUACUAGUUCAGAGGAGUUUGCAGCUGAUGCCCUUCUGGUUUUUGACAACUGCCAGACCUUCAACGAGGAUGACUCUGAAGUGGGCAAGGCUGGGCACAUCAUGCGCCGCUUCUUCGAGAGCCGCUGGGAGGAAUUUUAUCAGGGAAAACAGGCCAAUCUGUGAGGCAAGGAAGGUGGGGGCCACCUUGUGGUGUGUUUUCCAACCUUCCUAACAAGAACCUGCCAUUCUCACCUGCUGACGGCUGCCCUGGGUGGACUCAUCAAACAGUGCUGAUGUUUGCCUCUGCCCUUGGCAGCACCACAUCCUCUUGUCCCUAAUCUCCUUUUAUCCCUUCCUCCUAUUGCUCCUCAAAUAAGAGAUGUAGAGAUGAGGUCCUUUUGGACAGAAAGCCAAAAAAGCAAAAGAAUUUUCCUGUUUUUUUUCCUUGAUUAAAAUGGAGAGGGGUAAAGAAGUCCCUUCCUCUUCCCGGCUUCCUCCCCUCCCUGUACAUGCCCCAGCAUCCUGGGGCUAUUUAACAAUAGCAAUAGUUCUAGUGAAUGUGUGAAACCGAGAAACACUCUGUACUGUGUGCGGACCCGCAGUGACGGCCAGUAAAGUGGACUUAACUCCCAAGUGUGUCGAGCCGGACACCGGGCCCUGAACAUGCUGCUUCCAUGUUCAGUCCCUUCCCUGCUUCUUGCUCUCUCUCACGUUUUCUUUUCUUUCCCUUCUCCUUAUUUUUACAAUUUUUGUCCCACCCAAUAAUGUAAAACUAUCGUGUACGGGUUCUUCUUUCCCCUUUCCCCUUACACAGAAAACAAAAGUUCAGAGCUCCCUGUCUCUGUGCUCAUCUUCCUGCCAGUAAGUAACCUCUAAAAUGUUGGAUCCUCCUCACACGCUGAGUUUCUAGUCUUUUCUGAAACUCUGUGACUGGGGAGAGGGCAGGUGGGUGCCCUGGGCCUUCCAGCCUCCUUCCCCGCUUCCCAAACCUCCCUCUUGGGAACUCCUCAGGGACAACUACUGCUGAGUCUGAGUGCUGCUCCGAGAUGGAGGCCCUCAGAGAGAGGGGGAGAGGUGUGUGUGUGUGUGUGUGUGUGUGUGUGUGUGUGUGCGCGCGCGCGCGUGCGCACGCGCGCCUGCCCUUGCACACAGAUGAGAGCUGUGAUUGUGAUCCUGUUUUGUGUAAUGGGACCCAUUUGUGUUUCCUUGACUAUGUUUUAUUUUCCCACCUUUGCCGUUCCAUACCAUCACUUUUUGUCUUUGGGAAAACACAGGAACUAUUUUUCUGGGGACAAGGCUGUCCUCUGGUUAUUUCUGUUCCAGCCUCUUCAAACUGUGCAAUCUUUAGCAAGAACUCCCUCUCCUCUCAGUAGCUUUGAGUCUUGUGAGUUUCUGGGAGAGGGGUAGAACUGGAUCUUUCCUAAACCAUGAGUAUCUGGGUUUAGUUGUGUUUUCCUUCCUUGCAUCUACUUCAUAUCCCCAGCAGCGGCUCCUGGAGCACAGGAUGGGUAGAGAGGAGAGAUUCUGGUUCUGCCACUGCCCUGUGUAUGACUAAGCCCAGGUUAAGCCCCCAACACUUGAGAGGAAAGCUGCUAACUCCGAGCUAUAGCCAUGGGCCUCUGGCCCCCUGCUUUCCUGCUCAGCAGAGCCCCUCCCAUCAGAAAUUACGGGUACUUGCACUGGGGAGGUGGCUGCUGGCUGGCCUAAGCAGAGAGCUGAGGCAUCCAAGCAAUGUUCCAUUGGUGGGGGCGGGGGUGCCAGGUGAGGUGGAGUGUUUCUUGUACUCCAGCAGUACUGGGGGUGGGGCAGUGCAGGUUCCUGGGCAGCCCUUACUCCUUUUCACCCCGUCCUCAUUCCACUCCCUAUUGCCUAUUUCUAAAGUCGCCUUUUCUGUCGAAAAACCUCAAAACUUAACUUUAUUUGAGAUUUUUUUUUUGCUUUUAAAUAAGAGGUGGAUUGAAGAAUAUUUGAAUUGACUUUAUAUUAUGCAUAAAUAUUUAUAUUUUAUCUAAAUAACUGCGCCGUAACAAACUUUGUGUCAGAUGUUUGGAACUGUUAUAAUUGGGGAUAACUCCCCCCAUAGCAAGUUUCCCUUGGCAUAAAAUAUACUGGAGUCAUUCAUUAUUGGAGGUGGAAGGGAGAGUGUGGCCUUCGUUGUCCGCUCUGUGCUCCUCUCCAGUUCCAGCUCUUUCCUCGGGACCAGGCACUCAGGCGGGGUGGAGGUCCUAGACUUGAUCUGAAGAAAUGGGGUAGGGCAUGAUCAAAGGGGCCAUUCCUCCCUCUCCUUUCCUCGUCUCCACUGUCCCUGGAGCUCGGUGGAUUUUCUCUAUUGACAGAGUAUUUGGUAGGGAAAGCAGGUUAAAAAUAAAAAAAAAAAAAACCCUGCCCUUUGUGUCCCCUCCCCUAUCUGGUAACAACAAGAAACCAUCAACACCAAGUUUCCAUGUUCCUUUUACAACAAAAGGGACUGACUUUUUAUAUAACCAAAUGUGGUGUUUUAGUGACUUUUUGAUAAUGUACAGUUUUUUGUGAAUUUAAAUUUAUUUCUUUCUAUAUUUUUAGGACCAAUCUCAUUUUUAAUAAGGUUUAAAAAAGGAAAAAGUGUAGAGAAAAAAAAAAAAAACCUCGUUUUUGCCAUGUGAUGUUCCACAGGUGCGGCUGUAGAAAAGUGCUUGUCAUUGAAUAAAACCACAUUUGAUAGAGA